UCCGAGUACCAGCGCAUUGUUGUCUUAAACUAUAAAAAUAAAAAUUUCUAAAUGAUCAAAAAUAUUCCCAUCCUUUCGUAUCUAAUACUUUGAUUCAAGGGCACUUUUGACCAUCUUAUCUUGCUAUACCCUUUCGUAUCAGCCCAUUUCCAAUGAAAUCCAUCAUCCAAGAAACGCUGUGCAAAGGAAGCACAUUUCGAAACCGGAAGCUCACCUCGCCACGGAUGACCGGUACAUGUGUCCUUGAGGGUCGACGAGAAUCGGAAGCGAUGUAAGGGUCGGAAAUCCGUGAAAAUCUGAAACGGUGCGUGUCGCGUAGGGUUCGUUUUUCCGGGUGGACUGUCGGUGGAAAUAAUACGCUUCCGGUCGUCGACUUUGAUCGAUAACGUGUUCCGGUAAUCCGUAUUCGUCCACCCAACCCUCCCGAUCCCUGACGCAUUAAUAUCGAGAUUGUGCUUACGCGUACGCCAGGCGGAAAUCGAGCAGAGAUAAACCAGGACAUCGGACCUGGUCAAUUCCGGCGAGGAAUCGUCCUGUACAACCCUGGAAACUCGAGGGUUGGAGAUGCUCGAGGGAAGGAUGGACGAAACUAGCAUCGGGAGGAGUCUGGUCAUCGAUAAUGCAUCCGAGAAAGCGGACAGAUAACUUGGUCGUUUCAUCGCCGGAGGUAGUGUUCGAGGUGGUAGGAGCGUGUGUAGAAAUGGACGAGCAUGCUCGUGGACGUAGCUGGUCCAGAUAGCCACGGAUGGCCUAAUCGUCGACGACCUUUUUCUACCUUCCACCAAACGGACAUAAACAACAGAUCCUCGCUAUUAUCCUUCGUAGAAACUGUAGCCUUAGAGGCCUAGACUGUCCCAGUCGAAGAGCGACUUUAAAGACCUAAACACCUAACACGCCGGGUGCAAAGGUUCUUGCGAAGAAACAGCAUGAAAUGCGAUCUUCGUGGUCGAACGAGUCCGAAACCUUGUAGCUAGAUAGUCCAAGUCGGCUAAAAUGAGCCAUCCUCUCGGACGGAUACUGGUGCUGCUAUUGUCGCUGCAACAGCUCUCAGUCGUCAUCCAAUCCAAGGUGCACACAGAACGGGAAGCUGUCCUGAUACCCGGCGACAUCGUUCUGGGCGGGUUGUUCCCGGUUCACGAGAAAGGAGGCUCUUCGUGCGGGCCAAAUGUGUACAAUCGUGGGGUACAGCGUCUGGAGGCGAUGCUGUUCGCCGUUGAUCAGAUCAACAAGAAUAAGACGUUACUUCCAGGAAUCACUUUAGGUGUGCACAUACUGGACACCUGCGGUAGGGAUACUUAUGCCCUUAAUCAGAGCCUCCACUUCGUCAGGGCAUCCUUGUCGAAUUUGGACAUCAGUGUCCUGGAGUGCGCGGACAAGUCUGUUCCAAGAGUGAAGAAGACUGCUACUGCCGGGCCGAUUUUCGGGGUCAUUGGUGGUUCUUACAGCUCGGUAUCUCUUCAGGUGGCUAAUUUGCUCAGGCUGUUCCAUAUACCCCAGAUAUCGCCUGCGUCCACUGCCAAGGCACUCAGCGAUAAAACCAGGUUCGACUACUUCGCGAGAACGGUGCCUCCGGACACCUUCCAAUCGAUCGCGUUGGUGGACGUGGUGAAGAGCGCCAAUUGGUCCUACGUCUCGACCGUAUAUUCGGAGGGUAGCUACGGGGAAUAUGGGAUCGAGGUGUUCACCAGGGAAGCGACAGAGAGGAACGUGUGCAUAGCAGCUGCGGAGAAGGUGCCCAGUGCCGCGGACGACCGCGUGUUCGACGACAUCAUCCUAAGAUUGAGUAAGAAGCCAAACGCGAGGACCGUGGUGCUGUUCACCCGGGCAGAGGAUGCCAGAGGGAUCCUGGAGGCUGCGAGAAGAUCAAAUCUGAGCCAAUCGUUUCAAUGGCUGGCCAGCGAUGGCUGGGGUCGUCAGAUCAAGCUUGUCGAGGGUCUCGAGGAGGAGGCUGAAGGUGCGAUCACUGUGGAGCUUCAAUCGAAGAACAUACCUGGCUUCGACGAGUACAUGGCCUCGUUGACGCCCGAUACCAAUCGACGGAACCCUUGGUUCAGCGAGUACUGGGAGGAGGUUUUCAACUGCGUCCUUAGGAAAAAUCUCCUGGCCAAUCCGAACGCGACGGUGUGCUCGUCGAAGCUUAGACUAACCACGUCGACGGGUUACGAGCAAGAAUCUAAGGUGCAAUUCGUCGUGGACGCAGUGUACGCGUUCGCGAUAGCUCUUCACAACUUAAAACGGGACAUGUGUGUGAAAAUCGAGGGUCUGUGCUCUACGAUGGCCAACUACGACCGUGGAUCCUUCUACAGGAAUUACCUGCUGAACGUGUCCUUUGAAGAUGAAGCCGGUAGCGAGGUGAAAUUCGACGAACACGGAGACGGUCUGGCACGCUACGAGAUCCUCAACUUUCGGAAAUCAGACCAGAACGGGACUAAUGGAUACCAUUAUCGGGUGGUAGGUAAAUGGUCCCAUACCCUGGACAUCAGCACGGAGGAGUUGGUCUGGUCGAGGGGCACGAAGGACAUACCGAUCUCCGCGUGUUCCCUGCCCUGCGAGCCAGGUAUGAUAAAGAAGCAACAGGGUGACACUUGUUGCUGGGUGUGCGACCAGUGCGAGGAGUACGAGUUCGUCUACGACGAGUACACCUGCAUGGACUGCGGACCGGGUUACUGGCCGCACGAGGACAAGAGGGGUUGCUACCAACUGCCGAUAAACCACAUCAGAUGGAACAGCGCUUUCGCGAUCGCUCCGGCGGUGAUUUCGUGCCUUGGAAUCGUGGCCACCCUGACGGUUGCGUGUCUCCUCUUCCACCACAGGGAUACGCCGGUGGUGAGAGCGUCGGGUCGCGAGCUGACGAUCAUUCUGCUGGCCGGAGUGCUCGUUUGCUACUUGAACACGUUCCUCUUGCUCGCAACACCCACCACGGUCACCUGUAUCCUUCAGAGGUUCGGUGUGGGGGUGAGUUUCAGCGCCGUCUACGGUGCCCUGUUGACCAAGACCAACAGGAUCGCCAGAAUCUUCGACUCUGCAUCGAGGUCCGCCGUCAGACCCAGGUACAUCAGCCCCACGUCUCAGGUGUGCAUCGCUGCUGCUCUGAUCGCUUUACAGAUCGUGUUGACGUUGGUGUGGAUGAUCAUCGAGCCACCUGGCACAAGAUUCUUCUAUCCGGAUCGCAAACAGGUGAUCCUCAAAUGCAACAUCCAAGACAUGAGCUUCCUAUUCUCUCAACUGUACAACGCGUUGCUGAUCCUCAUUUCGACGGUGUACGCGGUGAAGACACGCAAGAUCCCGGAAAACUUUAACGAGAGCAAGUUCAUCGGUUUCACCAUGUACACCACUUGCAUCAUUUGGCUGGCAUUCGUGCCGAUCUACUUUGGGACUGGAAACGCGCACGAGACACAAAUCACCACACUCUGCGUGGCGAUCAGCCUCAGUGCCUCUGUGACCCUGGUGUGCCUCUACUCGCCGAAGGUCUACAUAAUCGUCUUUCAACCGGACAAGAAUAUCCGAAGGAAGGUGACCAUGGGGGAUAAAUUUAAGAAACAAGGGAGCAGCGCCGGCACUUCUUCCAUUACUAAAUGUUGCGAGUUGACCAGCGAGAGUAUGCCCCUUCAAAGCGCCUUAACAGCAGCCGUACAGACAUCCGUGGGCGUGACGGAGAUCUCCCUAGCCUCGAACACAUCGGCGAAAACUAAUAACCAGCAAGUGGCACAGCUAUAGAGAGAAAGCCCCGGAGAAGAAGAGAAAGGGGAGAACCACAGCACCUUGGCGGGCCGUAAUUCAAAUUUCGCAGCAGCCAGAGGUAUCCUGGCGUUCGGCCAACCGAUAAGAAGGUUGGGAAUCGCGAGUGAAUGGUGCGAAUGUGUGCUAAUAAAACGGGGAUGAAAUGUGUAGAAAAAUCGGGGAUAAGGGAACGAUCACGAAGAAUCGCGAGUCUACCAUCCGUUACUUCCGGCCUCGAUUUCUCCACGGAUGACCGUGAGUAAAAUCACAAUAGUUUCUUGAAUCGUGAUCGAGGGUUGGAUCGAGAAACGCAGUGGAAAAUGGGUGAUUCGUGUAUGCAAUCGUUCGUAAGUACCCAGGCCCUUUUUAAAAAGAAAAAUCUUUUCGAAAUAAAAAUAAAUCGUUAUCUCGUGAACCGUUCAUUUCCGGCGAAAAUUAUCAUUAUUAUUUUAUAUAAUAAUAAUUAUUCGUAAAUGAUAGAUCGAUUUAUGGUUUUGCAACUUCCGUUAAAAUGAACUGGACCCUAAUUUUAAUACGAAUUAAAGAAAAGUAUCUGGAUACUUGUGACACGGUUGAUGUAGAUACGCUUAGAUCGACGUUCGAUUGAUGUUACGAAAUGGACUAAAACCUAGGACGGAAACCUACGUUGCCUAUUAAUCUAAUGACGACAUUGAUCAUAUCGUCAUUGUCGUAUUUGUUCGUUCAUUAUAUCGAGAUCAUUCGUGUCGCGAUCACUGUUGUCGUUAUUGUUACUGUUAACGGUUAUCCUCGUGAAUUACACAUAUAUGAACGAUAUACAGGUACACCUACACACAGAUAUACGCGCAUACACGUACACCUACACACGCAUAUAGAUGGUACGUUAAUACGAAAGAAUUGCUGGCACAAGUACUCGAGAAUGAAAUUAUCAAAACUAAACUCAGAAAUUAUUUCAAUAGUUAAUUACCUUUAGCCUUGUAAAACAGAAGCGAGUUCUAUAUUUAUGUAUAUCUAUGAAUGGGCAAAUGCCCGUAUAAUAAAUUUAUUAUUAAAUUGAAAAAGAUUCGAUCGUUAACGAUCGAGCACGCGAUAUCGAGUGAUUAUUAUUACAGGUAGUACCGGUGCCCGCAAUUAUUCCUGUACGGUUCAAUCACGCAAAUUGUAAUUAGCUUGUUCGAGUGGUCGACGUUCAUUGUCCACACACCUUUCCACGUAGAGGAAUACCUGCGUUGACGGAUCGAAGGAACAAAUAAUAUUUAUUACAAUUUCGCGAGAUGUAUAUAAACAUGUAUAUCGUUAGAUAGGUACAUUCUAUCGAACCGCGGGAUCUCGUAUACCUAUUUCGUAACCAGUGUUUAUUUAAUCAUUUAUAAACUCGUUAUCAAUUAAUUGGGCUGUCGACGUUUGUUGGAAAUGGGGACGCUUAUUUUGCAAUUCGAACUAAAUCGCGGAAACAGAUCAACCUCGGGACGGUGAAAGCUUCGAAUAUUCUUCGAUAUAUCCGAUUCUACUCUAAACUAUACCGUCCCUUUCUAAUUACCACCCUUUCACACGAUUUAAAUUGUAUUAAGAUUAUUCGUUUUGCAUUCUUUUCCUUUCUUUACGAAAAAGAAAUGAAAUUAACAUCUAGUCAAUGAAGGAAGUACAAUUCGACAGAUUGCUGUGCGACCCUUUUAAAUACUAACCGUAGCUCGCGAAUGAGAGAUACAUACCUAUACAUAUAUGUAUAGAGAUAGAACGAACGGGAGUGGGGGAAAGUGGCGGGAAAUUUGAAAUUAGACCGGUUAAGCGACGCACGAACUUCAAAUAUAAUCUCUUCCAUGAACGGUAGACAAUAAACUAAUCGCUUUAAUCAGCGAACACUUUCAACAUGGCUCGACCAAUAUCAAGCAUUCACACUCGACUUGUUCGAUUAACACCUUCAACUUUCAUUGUCUAAAACAUGGCUAGUGGUACUUUAGUUUAUAGUCGAGAAACACGAAAAGAAAGAAGAGUUACAGUGACGAACGCACGGUUAUAGAUAUGUUUUAUCUACGACUAGCCGAAACGUAUAACGCGAUAGUAUCGAAAGUUACAAUUUCGAUUCUCUCUCAAGUAUCGAACGAUUUAAAUAUUUCAAAAAAUCGAGGUUGUAAUCUUCGACGAUCGUCGUGUAAACAAUUCGAAAAUUAUUACGAGUUUCUCGAAAGAAAAUAAUUUAAAAAAAAGAUGAGAGUGUGAGGAACGAGCAUAUUUCGACACGAAUCCGUUGAAUUCGAAGCAUCGUACAAACAAAAAAGAUAACUUUGUAUCUUUUAUUAUAACACCGAAUAUUGAAAUAGAGUUGUCCCGUCAAAAUGAA